AUGGUUAUUCUCGUUACAGGUGGCGCCGGUUUUCUCGGCAGCACCCUAGUUCAAUUGCUACUCGACCAAGGCCACGAAGUUGUCAUUAUCGACUCUUUGUGGACUUCAUCCGACAGCAACCUCGAUAGAUUUCGAACCAAUAAACGAUUACGAUACAUCCAGGCCGACGUACGCGACCCUCUACCGUGGAUAGAUGGAGUAGACCAGAUUUACCACCUCGCAUGCCCAGCGAGUCCCGUGCAUUUCGAGACACAACCGAUCGAUAUUCUACAAACAUGUUUCAAUGGAGCAUCCAAUGUUCUAGACUACGCAGUCAAACAGAACGCGCGCGUACUUCUAGCAAAAGAAGUUUAUGGCGACGCCCAAAUCCCAUGUCAAAACGAAGACUACCGAGGCAACGUCAAUUGCUUUGGCCCCCGCGCCUGCUACGAUGAAGGCAAAAGAGUCAUGGAAGCCCUAGGAUACUCAUACCAACUCGAACACGGCCUCGAAGUACGCGUCGCCCGAAUCUUCAAUGCCUACGGACCCUUCAUGGAAGCCGAAGACGGGCGCGCGGUACCCAACUUUAUAACAGCAGCUCUUAAGCGCGAACCAAUAACCAUUUUCGGAGACGGCCAUGCAACGCGGUGCUUCCAAUUCUCAGAAGAUUGCGUUCGAGGAUUGGAAGCGCUGAUGAAUAGCGAUCACCAUGGGCCGGUCAAUAUCGGCAGUGAUUAUGAGAUGGAAAUCAGCGAGAUUGCGGAUAUAAUAUCGCGUGUUGUGGCGGCAAAAACGGGAUACGACAAGCCUGUACCGGUACGGUUGGAGCCCAGGAGGGAAGACGAUCCUCUGAGGAGAAAACCUGAUAACAGUCUUGCGGAAAGGGUUUUGGGGUGGAAGCCGAGGGUUUCGUUGGAAGAAGGUGUUUCUGCUACAGUGGAUUGGUUCAUUCAGAGGGAGACGGGCAUUGCGAGCAGACUUUGA